AUGAAAAUUGAAAAAGGUAUUACUGAAGCUGCGAUGGAGGCGAUCACCGGACGGGCUGAACCCUCCUCUUCUUCUACUACCGGCGAAAGGGAGGAACCGGAUGAGUUUCCUGUACCAGUGUUUUCUCCUCCUAGCUCUCCUCGCUCUGACCUCAAAGGCUUAGGCUAUGAAUAUGACUACCCUAAUGUGGAAGAUGGAGUCACCGCGUUGGGUUUUAUAUACCGUAGUGGGGUUAUGGUAGCCGUUGAUCAUUAUAGCACAUCGGAUCCAUUUCCAGAAAACGUUCAUGUUCUUACCAAGAACUUUUUGCUUGUCACAAUUUCUGGAGGUUCCAAUUUCCCAACGGACAAAAUGAUUCGUGAUCUGAAAUGUUUGUGCCAGGAUGGUGAGGGAAGACCUUGUGCUUCCCAGGUAUCCGAGUGGGUUUCUGAUUUUGUGAAUAAAGAAUCUGCUGCUCUUCCCGAUUGCUGA